AUGAAUCGUGCAGGGAAAAUUGUGCUCUCAGUUCUGGCAGCAGCUGUCGUCGCAGUCGUGUUGACAACCACUGUUCUCCUCCUAACACGGUCCAGCGGCAAGCCUUCAGGAGCUCGUGCGGAUCUCAAUGGCCGCGACGCGGCUCCUCCAGAGGGGGCCUAUAUGCCUGAAGGAAGCGCUGCCGGCGGAGACGCGGGUUCGCCUGACUGGAAUGGGGGCCGCCUUUCGCACCUUGCGCACUCGUUUGCCUCUGAAGGCGGAAGUUGCACAGUUAUACGCAACAACGAAUUGAAGGGAGGUCUCCCACGUGCGACGCGCUGUCGCCUCCCCCUCGUUUGCUACACGUUCCAUCCGGACGACGAAGAAGGUAUGCUGACAAUGCGCACGUUUUCUCAGCGGCUUGCGAGUCACGCGCACGGUGAACGAAGAGACUUUGCCACUCCCGCGGCACGCCGCCUCACCCCCUCACCGUUUACCCCGGUUUCGUUCAGCUAUGGGAUUGACCAGGACGGUCCCACUGCGCCUCUGAAGAGGGUUUUCUCGGAGGGCCGGACAGAGCAACUAGAGGCAAACGCGGGGCUCCCAGCCCGCCAGGAUGGCGCGUUCAAGAAAACAGAAGGGAGCCUAGCGGCUUCGCUUCUUCCCAAAGCUCAGUUCUCCCGCAGGGGAGCUGUCCGAGGCGCCGACGCGCCACAAGGGGGGCGAGCCAACGAGUUCAAGGAUGAAGGCGGCGUACCGAUCGUGAGAGCGGCAGCGAGCGCUGGCCUCGAACCGCAUCAGAGUUCAAGGCAGCUCGCUGCGGCGGGUGGCCUGACCAGCGAGACGCCUUUUUUCUGUGUUGAGGAAGUCAACUGGGGGGAGCCUUGCGACGGCGUCUUUGUGGUGUGUAAGCCCGACUGCGGGGUCUGCACCAGCGCGGGAAUUCGUGGGCGCCUCGCUGCCGCAAAUGAAUCUUCUGUGUCAGGUGAGCCGCCCUCCGGCAUCUCCGGGACUUGGUCGAUCUCGCAGGAUCCCCCGCAAGCCGCUAGCCCAUUGCAGACUGCCCUUACAGCUUCCAGAGGUCAAUAUCUAGGCCCCCGGGGGAGAGCGAACCUCGCGAACUCUGCAGAUGCAACGAGUGCGGGGUACGACAGUCUGUCAGCCUUCCACGUGGGGUCGCCCACUGAGGUGCAGUCGCCACAGCGGCGUUUGGUGGAGACAGAGGCGACAGCGGCAGCGAAUCGAAGGAGCUUGAACGCCGCGGGUGUGAAACCGCAGCGAAGGAUGCCGAGAUCCCUGCAGCAAAUGAAGAGCGGACAUGCGGGAGAAGAAAACGAGGACUUACGCCAGAAGAAACUGGAUUUUCUCUUUAACUAUCGAUAUAAGGGCGCGCAACAGUCGGCUCACGAGAGCGAGGAAGCAGAGGUCUCCAACGAGUCCCCUGGUCGCCCGCGGAACGGUCAAAGACGACGUGCGGCGGACGGCAGAGUAGCGCAGCAGCAUGCCCAGGAAGAUGAAGAUGAUGGUGAGGGGGGGGAGGAGGAUGAAGACGACGACGAGGAUGAAGACGACGAAGGUGAGAGCGAAGACGGAGAGGGGGAUGAAAAGGAGGGGGUGCUAAGCGGCCAACACCUCAAAAGGCGGAAACGCAAGAGGAAAACGUUUUCGGUUAAAGGGACGACCGUGUGUGCACAAGGACCGUCUUGCGGUCCUCUCGGGCUUCCGUGGACGCACCAGCCUUCUUUCAUCACGUCGUCACUGACGGCAAGCAAGGGAUAUGGUAUUCCCUGUGCUAGUGGCGGCGCGACCAUGCCGACUCCGGUCUUUGAGCAGCCGAUAGCACCUGCUAUCUAUCCCGUCCCAGCGCCGGUUCCCAUGGCAACUCCCUCUAGCAUCCCACCACCUGUCGUUCCCGUUCCUUACCCUUACCCAGUCUCCACUCAUGUACCAACUCCAGUCCCCAUUCCAGUCCCUACGCUAGUCCCCGCCCCAGUCCCCACCCCGGUCCCCACUCCGGUUCCUGCCCCAGUCCCUGCCCCAGUCCCCGCUCCACUUCCGGGGCCUGCGCCGGUUCCACUGCCUGGAGGUCUAGUACCGGGUCAGAUCCCGCUGCCGUUGCUGCCUCCGGCUCUCCCGACUAUAUUGGCUGCACCUCAGUCCCCAUUCCCUCCGUCAGGAGCAGCUGGCCUCUAUCCAGAUGCCACUGCGCCUGCAACUCCCUUCGGAGUCUCUGGCGUCGUGUCGUCCCUCAGCGUCGCCUCCACCCCGAACCUCUCUUCGUCUCUCGGCGCGCCGGUGGGCGGGGAGCCUGCGCUACCGCAGCAGUUUGGAACGCCGCAACACCAGGUCUCCUCGCUAUUGCCUGCGCAGGCAGGGAACGCUAUGUCGGCGUUUGCCGGCGGCCUGAGCAGCGACACUCUCUCGCCGUCGGCUGCUGCCGCGAGCGCCGCUAACUAUUCGCCCAACGCGACUCCACUCCAGCCCGCCGCAGGGCCUCCAGGGUCGCCGUCGGGAGCCCUCGCAGCGGGCGCGGCCAGAGUGGCGGCGGCUCUCGCCAACCCUUCGUUUCCGCCUGGGGCGUUGUACCCCGUGUCUGCCCUCCAGUCCCCUCUGCACGCAGGUGGCCUGUCGCCUGCGUCCGCCACGGUCGCGCCCCACGCGGUCGCCGGAGACAGUUCCCUAGCGCUCGGGGCGCCUAACCCGGCAGGCCCGGUUGGAGUAGUGGGCGGCGGCACUGUUGGUGUGGAGGCUCCUGGAGGGCUGCCCCCAGCAUGGACCCAGGCGACGCUGCCGGCUGGGGUGGCGUACGACGGGGGACAGGAAGGCUCUUCUUCUCCGCGUUCCGGCCCCCUCGCGGCGACGUUCGUCCCGCCCUCCGUCCAGCCGCGGAGGUACCAGGCUGCGCCCAGUCAGGCAAAAGCCCCGAAUUCCCCCACUUCCUUCCCCGCCUCGCUUUUUCUCGUCCCAAACGAGGUGCCGACCUGGGGCGCCGGCGUCGCGUCUGGCCCCGCGGCGAUGCAGCAACUGGAGCAGCGAGAGCAGAAGGCGACGGAGCAGACGAGACAGCACGCGCAUCGUCAGGGCGAUGCUAACACCAGCUGGACUCCAGAAGCUCCCAGGAAGAGCGAGGCAGCGACGUAUCCGCUUUUUCAGAGGCCGUCGGCGACGGGAGACCCGCAGAGGGAGGCGUCCCCACGCCGCGAAGGGAGGAGCCAGACGGGAAAUGGCGACUGGAGAGAAGCCAGAGCGAGGGAUGCAGAGGGAAGCAGAGGCGCGCCGUCGGCUAGGCACGCUAGGCCGCGUCAGACCGCUUGCUCGGAGACGCUGUGUUGCUGCGAACAAACUUCUUUCUUCUGCCCCUUCUCUCCUGCGGCCUCAUCGCGCCCAGCCCCCCAGAUGCCCUGUGAGCCGCGUCGGGGGGAAAACGCGGCGUGCAGCGGCGCAGUCGCCCGCGAGUGCGCGUCGGGGCUCCUUUGCGUCAACGGGCGAUGCCUGCCUCCCCUUCCGUUCGUCUCGUCUCCCUCCGCUGCGCGGAACGAGACGCCAGUCUACCAGGCGAACGACUCUUCCCCUUUCGGUCGCUCGCUGUCCCUCGAGGCAACGGCUUUCUCUUCUGCUUCUCCGCCUCUCUCGCUUGCGCUGGCUUCGUCGCCGGAAGCUGCUCCGUCCUCUGCACCAUCUGCGUGGCCUUUUUCCGCACUCGCUGCCGACCCGCUGCUGCCGGCGUAUCCCGCUCUCCCCCCGGCGCCUCCGGAGCCUCUCUACGGUUUGCUCUACCUCGGCGCAGGCGUGCCUUCUACCCUCGUCUGCUCACCGGGGACGCGCUUCACCCGCGAAGAGCCGCUCGACAAUAUCUCGCAGAGCACGCGUCCCGCGGAGGCGCCUGAAGCGCCGCCGCUGCCGCUCCGUGUCGGGUCCUGCAGGCCGGUCGACGGCGCACGCUGCGGCUCCGACCGCGACUGCGGCUGGGGGCACUUCUCGCUGGCCUUCUGCCGGGAGCCAGAGGGGCGCUGCCUCUCGCUGCUGCCUCCUGCCUCGCCCUGCCUCGCGGAUUUGCAGAUCGUGGCUCGCCUUCUGCUGCGUAUGCGAGAGCGGGACGCCACCCGGAGGCCGCAGAGUCUCGUGGCGUCUCGAGAAGAUUUCGUGGUCUCGUCGGCUGCCUGCGGGGGGGAUGAGGCGAGCCUGUUCGCAGGGGCACAGAACGGCGAGGGGCGAGCAGCGGAAGCCUCGGCGCUGCACGCGGAAGGGGAGGCGCCUGGACAAGACGGAGCCGAUGUUGAUGUGAUGAGCCCUCCAGUGCUGCUGGCUUGGAUGCCCGAGAGGCCGCUUUCUGAAAACGACAGCAGCGCCUCCAGGCCGCAGACAGGCGACGCUGUGCAUGCUUCAGGAGCGCAGUCAGCACCCGCAGAAAGAGGGGACGCCACACGCGGGCUGAGGCAGGGACUAGAGGAGGCAGACCUGCGUCGUCUUCAGUCUGAGCGACGCAAGCUUCUGUGCUGUUUGCUGGCAGGCGGGGGAGGCCCGCAGAACGCCGCGGAGCCCGGCCGGCUCUCGCUGCUUUCGCUGUUUGCGUGGCGACGCGAAAGCGGCGGGGUGGCCUCUACGGGUGUCUACGAAUCAGCCACUAGCGUCGCCCCCUUCAGCAGUGAAGACCCAGAGAAUGGAAAGAAUCUGCUCCCCGCUUGGCUCCACUCGAUCUUUCCAGAAGGCUGGCUGGACUGCCCCGAACAGGCCCGCGGGCGCGAGAGAGAGGCAGCUCGCACGAAAGAGGAAGGGAAAGCGGUACAGAGUGCGGAAGGAGGAGCACGGAAUGGGUAUCUAGAGCGCCAGCAGAUCCGCCGUCCGGUGCCUUCGGCUCACGACCCGACUUCUCCAUCAAACUGGACGGAAAGCGAAGAGCCGCAAAAACAGGAAGACUGGCGCGCGCCCGCGAGCCGCUUUGGUUUCAGCGUCAGCCAGGCACAGGGCAGCGAAGUCGAGGAGCGGACACUCGCUGAGGGGGAGACGCGCGAGGCGAGCAUCCCAGGAAUCACAGCGAGGAACGACACGACAGCAGAAGGAGAGUCUGCUUCGCCUCAUCCUCUCUCCUCUCUGCAGUCUGCCUUUGCGAGCUACACGCGUCUUCAGCCGCCUUACGCACCCUCCCCACCUGCGGCGGAGACAACACACGAUGCGGCUAUGGGUGUACAGACACCUCAUGAUGGCUCCUCGCCCCAAGUUUCCGCUGACCUCUCCAGAGGCUACCUCUUGCCUUUGCAGCAGCAACAGGAGCUUUGGUACCUUCUCCAGCUUGAGCAGGCAGAAGGAGAAAGGCGCAGGCGAGAAAAUGCGCUAGAGAAGGGACUUGAGAUCGCCACUCUCGAAGCGAAUCAGACGCGCGGCGCCAGCCUAACAGGGACGACACUCGAGACGCUCCAGCAGGGUGAUGCGAAAAGAGAGGAGAGGGAGGAGGGCGCGCCUGCGACGUCGCAGCAUCUGCGAAACGAGGGACUUAGAGGUGUUGCCGCGGACGCACCGUCCAGGCGAGAAAAACACUUUUCUUUUCGUUUCCCGGCAAGAGUCCACUUUAGCUUCCAGGCGUCUUUUGAGGAAGUCGAGGAGGUUGAGAUAGAGAGCGAAGGAGACGAAGAAAACGACGCUGAAACCAUGAGAGACGCGUAUGACGCUGGGAGCGAACGGGCAGACGGACAGCCGACUGGAAGAAGGGAUCGCGACGGCGGCCGCCGCCAAAUAUACUUUGAAAGCAAAGCGCAUUGCGCCGCUGCCUCCGACCCUUCCGCCUCGCCCGCUGAGAGAGAGAGAUGCAGAGACGCGGAGAGUGGAGCGGCGGCGUCAACCGAGUCGGCGGCAAUCCAACGCACCGGGGGUAGAGCUCCGCCCCUCCACAGCGAUAUCGAAGAAUCAGCCGAGCUGGGGCGGCACCAGCUGCAGCCACGAUACCGCAACGCAGAAGGGAGCACGAGCGACACUGCAAAGCAAAGAGGCGAGGAGAGAGGAGACACGAGGGUGCGAGAGCCUCGUUCUUCGCCCGGGAGCUUCGGCGCAGGCGAGCGGCUCGACCGUGUCCCUCUGCUGAACGAAGGCACGCCGCUCGCGGCUCGCAGAGAAAACGCCCUGCAAUUUCCCGACCACGCUGGAGCUGUACAGACACCCGCAGUGGACGCAGGCACGGAUGCCGAGAGACAGGGGGCAUCCAGUGCUUCAGCCGACCGGUCGGGAGCGGCUUCUGUCGCCUUUGGUCCUCUCUCAUUCGCCGCGCCUGCAGCCAAAGAGGCGCCUUCCUCCGCGCUACCUCUUCUCCACCCCGCCCCCGACGCGUCGGAGGGCAGCAGGGGUGAAGAAGCCGUGAGGGCUGCCGCAGUCGGGAACGGGCUCGGCGGCGGCGACGCCGUCGCGGCGGACUCCGCGGACGCGGGAGAGAGGAAUGCGGCAGAGAACACCAAGACAGAAGGGACAGGCUGGAAGGCCCGCGACACAAGAAACGAGGGAAACGAAGCCGCAGACCAGGGAGGGAAGCAAGCGCAAGAAGUGCUGCUCACUUUUUCAGAAGGCGAGGCCAUCGUCACGCUGGAACGCGGAGGCAAAGGGACGCCGCUUAAACGUCUCAAAACUCGCGACAUCCUCUCCCUCCAGGUCUCGCUUCUUCGCGUCGCCUCUGCUCUCCUUCAAGUCCCUCCCCUUCUCGACGACUACGACGCGCCUGGAGGAAGUCACGGACUCACAGCAGACACGGAGGCUUACACAGCUGCCCGAGACGGCGGUGAACAGCCGUGGCUGCCGUCGGAUGCUGCCGAAAGUCGUCCUCGCUGGUCUUGGGCGGUUGUGUCCCGCGCUGGAGACGAUCGCCAGGUGUACAUACACCUCGUGCUUCGGUGCAACGACCUUCGCUGCUCACCGCAGCGGACUUUAGAGUGGAGUGCUGGUCGCGCGAGUGGGAUUUCCAAGCUGCGUCCGCAGGGUUUCGCUGCCCUGGAGGCCGCCAGCCAGCGUUAUGGGACUUGGGGGAUGGACGUGCGCGCGAAGACAGAACGUGAUCUAGAACGAAAACUGUUACAGUUCAAGGAUUUUCUCCGCUUUCAAACAACUCCCACCGCUACUGACUCCGGCGCUGACGCGUCUGCCACGCCCGCCUUCCGUCAGCUCGAUGAGCUGGAUCCCUGGCUAAGCGAAGUCGUUCGGUCGCGCCGCGCGCGCGUGUCUCUCUUACUCUCUCCUAAUCCUGCGGCGGCGCCUUCUGUCCAGCGGCCUCCCUCCCCGCCCCUCCCCGUGUCUUCGGAGACCUUCGUGUCUUCGGAGACCUUCGUUCCUGCGGAUUCAACGUCUCCAUCCUCUUCGCCAUGGCUGGCAACCUCUUCAGCCGCAGAAUCGCCGGCCUUCCAGGCGGCCCCUGUGUCGUUCUUUCUCUCUCCAAAGCUGAACGAGGCUGAGAUUCGGUUCGCCGACAUUCUAGUUGACCGCUUCUUUAUUGUAUUCGGGGGACGCGCACGAGCCAACGAGGGCGAGGGGGCAGGCAACGGAGCCCAGUCGGAAGGCCAAAGCGAGGAAGAGGAAAACGAGCUCGACGACCACGUCCUGCGGUACCUGGAAGACCUGUUCAACCACGCAGAGGGAGAAGUCCGCGCGUCUGCGCUCUUUCUUUUCCUCAGUCAGCUCCUUGGAGGCGAGUUCGGAAAUGCCUGCGCAAGCCCCGACUUUCCGGCUCUUGCUGUCUCUUCUUCCUUCGCCCCUGCAGGUGUCCCAGCCCCUCCGCCUUCCUUCGCAUCGACUGCGGCGUCGGGCGCCUCUGCCUUUCCUUCGUUGCCUUCGUUUCCUUCGCCUGCAGGGUCUUUUUCCAUCCCUCUCUCCGGUUCACGGCGUCUGCAGGCUUCGCAGGAGGCAACUGUGUGGCAAGGGGACAGCCACUUCUGCGAGGCUUUCCUCCGCGUCUGGCGAGAGGUGCUCAGAAGAGAGCUGGCAGAGCUGUACGGUCCCAGCGUUGUCAUCCAGGCCGUCGGUCAUCAAGGCGUCGUCGCGGCGAUCCAGUUUUCUAUCGACCCGCGAACUGUCGGCGCCGUCAAGCGCCACUCGCUUCUGGCGAAGAGCGCCCUCCUGGAGAGCAACGGCUUCUUUCAAGGCCUGAGGCCCUACGAAAUUCUUUUCUAUCCAGGUCUGACUCCUCCGUCGUUUCCUCCUUCUUCGGCGUCGCCUCACCAGGACAUUAUUUUCCUCGUCAACCUCAGAGACCUGAUUUUGCCUUCUUCAACCUCCCAGACGGGCGUGCACUCUUCCACGCCUUCAGCCCCUCACGCCGCGCUGCCUCCGUCUUCGUCGAAGCCUUCUUCUUCAUUGCAGUUUCAGGCCCCAGAUGUGCCCUCUCCUCCGCUGCUGUCCACGACUGCCGCUGCACAUUCGUCUUCGCUUCCUUCUGCGCCUCGCGCCUCCGCUGCGCCUCCAACGGGCUUGUUGCCUGGAGCGAUGGAGUCCGAAGAGGCUGCCGCCGCAGCGCAAGAAGACGCUUUCUUUCCACGCUUGACUCCGUUCUCCUCGGCGGCCUCCCUGGAAGACGCCGAUCACGCUAGGGGAAACACAGAGGGAGCAAAGGGUGGAGACAGUAGACACAUCGAAGGCGGAAACGCAGCCGCCACAGGUGCGCGUCCGGGCCGCCUACCCCCGGGGCUCGCGCUCGCUACCAGCUCCGGCGAGGAGAGCACGCGGAGCUCUUCCAAGCCUUCGCCCUUGCGUGAAAGUGAAGCGUCUGCCCUCGCGCGGCGCGGCGUGCUGCCGUCGCCUAAGGAGAGACGCCUCACCAAGGCGCUCAUGCAGCGAGCAAGUCGAAAUGUCUCUCGAGCCGGCGCCGAUUGCGCGCAGGCCUCGCGAGUCAGUCAGAAGUCGCAGACGGGACGCAGAGCGCCAUCCCCUGCGCACACUGAAGCCGACGAAGGCGAAAAAAGCGAGGAAGGAGACGAGGACAAAGGCGUGCUUGUAGUUGAAGAGAAGUUGCAGGUUCCCUCAAACGCCGUUUCUAGCAGCUGCCGGCUGUCUGAACACUUCGGAGCCACGGAAGAGACGCAGCAGACGACCCUGCAGCCUCGCUCCUUGGGUCUGGAGGCCAGACGCCGGGAGCGCAUGCUGGCGAGUGGGGCGGAGACAGGCUACGCGAAGCAGGGAGAAGCGACCUCGAGAGACUCGCCUCUUCUGGCCUCUGUGCUCGCUGCUGUCGACGGACUCGUCACGCGCAUGUGCGCCACUGUCUGCGGUGGGAUGCGCGGCGAGGCUUCUCUCUCUUUCGCAGAAGGCCACGGCAAAGAAGCGACAAACAGCGGAGAGCCGCGCGCCGCGGCGGAGCCAAGGCAACCGCAGCGAGACGAUCGCCUUCCCGAAGUCGCGGCAGUCCCUGUGCGAAUCCUUCCUGCCGCCGCGCCUCCGGAGUCGCUCCUUUCUGUCGUCUCCGCGCUGAAGCGUCAGCUUCUGUUUCCGCAUGAUUCUGCGCCUUUUCCGCUGCCGGGAGCUCCAGGUUUGUCCCCCUUUUCCGGUUUUCCGCCCGUCGCUGCCUUCCCGCCGGGGUCUGUGACGCUGCGCUGCACGACGCAUCCGCGGUCGACUGGGGCUGCAGAGCUGGCGAGCGCUCCUGAAGCUCGGGAGGCGGAGGACUUUUUCUUCUUCCGCGCGUUUCCGACUCUUCAGCAGACACAUCGCAGGCCCCAGGGACUUGAAAGGCUCUUUCCCUCGCGGGGGUCUCAGCUUUCUUCGGCUCUCUCGGCAGAGCCGCUGGAGGGCGUCCGCGACGCGGCGCCUGAGCAGGAGCUCAACAGGUCUCUGGGCGAAGCGGGGUUUCUGCUCUCUGGGCAAGAAGCUCCGCGGCUGCCCUCCGUGGAGACUCUCGCGCCGGUUCCGCCCUUUGGAGACGCCGCCGCGACCGCGCAAGAGGGCGACCCCGAGCAGACAGGGCCCUUGCGGGCAUCGGACAGAAAAGGAGCUGAAGAAGCAGACAGGACUCCUGCAGGCGAGAGAAACGGAUCACUCGACCAGAGCGAAGAGCCGAAAGACCGCAGGAGGAUAGAGGAAAAGGCCACACACAGAGGAGAUGGCAAAGAGGGCGGUUUGGCGACCCGUGACGAAGAAGUUUUUCGAACUCCUCAAGGAGAAGCGGGGGGAGGCAGGACAGAUGCGACAGGCAGGAAAGAAACCUCAUCCGCGGCUCCGCCGCCUGGGAGCUCGGGCGCCGGGCGUCUUUCAGAGGGGACUGCCGAGAGAGGGCGAGGGCGUGGGAACGGAGGCGGCAAAGCAGAAGAGACAGUGCAACGUGAAGCGGGGAGCACGCGCAGAGAGGAGGGCGAGGUGGAAGACAAGGAAGGCGGGAAAGACGAGAAAAACCUGAGCUCCAGUCACGAGUCAGCGCGGGGCGACGCAGUCCCUGGCAUGCCUGCGCGAGGCAAGGGCUGGAGUACCCCGAGUUCGAUUAUGCAAAUGUUGAGGGAGCGGCAGAGACGCUCAGAGGCGCGGCCUCAAUAA